AUGGCCCCGAACCCCCCAAAACCACCGAGAUACUUGAAAGCCAAAUAUCUGAGCCAGACGAGUUUGAUGAUCCGGUGGGCAGCAGCAGAACAAGAGCUUCUCAGAAGCGGGUCCUAUCGCUACCAUCCUCAUGUGAAAGAAAAUGAGCGGGUGACGAUGGCGAAGUUGACUGAAAUUGAUACUUGGUCCCAUUGGUAA